AUGCUGCUGCUGCUGCUGUGCACCCUGCUCCUGGCCAGGCUGCCGCAUUCGCUUUCGCAGGAGGACGAGGAGGAGGAGGAGGAUAAGAGGAAGCCUCAAAAGUUCACCUACAGACUGAAAUGCUUCGAGUGUGCGACCAUCAACACCUUCCAGUGCCCGGAGAUUAAGGAGUGCCUGUACGAGAUCCGGCGCUGCAUGACCAUCUCCAUCCGCCUGAACUCCCGGGAAAUACUCGUGUACAAGAACUGCACCAACAACUGCACGUUCGUGUACCCGUCCGAGGAGCCGCCCGAGGCCCCCAGGGUCCUGAGGACCAACAGCUUCUACUGGGUGUACUGCUGCGGAGCCAUGAACUGCAACGUGGGGGGGCCCACCAACCUGGAGCGGGACAUCCUCCCGGACCUGACCAUCGAGGAGGACCUGCAGGGCGCCGUGGGCCCGGGCGGCGGGCCGCUCUGGGGCGUCCUCCUGAGCUGCGCCUCCCUCCUGCUCAGCGGCGCCCUGACCUGAGGGUCCUGGCCUCUGUGCUGGGCCCCGCCUCCCCUCCCCCUUCCUCAGAGCAAGUCCACGCCCCUGUGCUGUC